GGACGGGCUGGGCGGGAUAAAAAGAAGUAAAAUAAAUCCUCUCGCUGCGAGGAGCGGGUUUUUUUGGAGAGGAAAGGAGGGGUAUGGGGGGGGUGUAAGAGACUCGCGGUUGAGGGUGACGGCGGCCCCACGGCCGUGCCCGCCCGCCCCGCGUGGAAAGGAUUUAUUUUAAUUUUAGAAGUAGGUCAGUGGGCGGCGCUUGGUUGCUCGGCAACGGGCGGCGAGGUGGUGGGGCCGGGGCGGCGGCGUGAACGGGCGCUGUUAUUUAAAAAAAAAAUAAAAAAAAAAUAAAAAUUGUGGGGACGCGGCGGUUUUAAAGCGGUAUUAAUUAACGGGCGGCGCGGUGACGCCACUCUGGGCCGUGUCACCUGGUCGGGGAGGGCCCGUGAGGUGGCGGUGGGACGAGGAGGAGGAGGAGGAAGAAGAAGAAGAAGAAGAAGAAGUCUCGCGGGAAGUAGCCAUAGAGACGGAGCCGCUUGGCCGCGGGGGGAGCGGGCAGCAGCAGCAGCCGCCGCCGCCGCCUUGGUCCUCGCCGUUCCCGUGGCGCCGCGGAGGACGGGGAGGAAGGCGGGAUUAGCGCGGAAGCCGCCGGGGCUUGGGAGCCGGCCGCUGAGGCAGCGGUCCCCGCCGUUCUUGCGCUCUCCUUCCCGCUGCCGGCGCAGCUCCUAGGAAAUGCUUUCAGCUAACCUGCUGUUGGACUCGUGGCGGAGUUGUAUGUAGCCCGUGUACAAGGUUGGGUAGUGAUGGAGGUACCUGUUGAUGGCGGCAGGAAAAUAAGAGAACUCCGUGUAGUGGGAGCAAGGAGGGAGUGCAAGCUGGAAGCUGACAAUAGCGACGUGCCCGCUGAAACUCUCAAGUGAGAAAUAAACACUUGAAAAACUACCAAGCAGCAACUGAAAAGUUACACCUACAUAUCUUUUUUUUAAUGCUCCAUCUGCAUAACUGAAAUGAGACUGAAGACUUCACUUUCAAAGGAACCAAAACAUAAAGAAUUAGUUAGCUGUGUGGGCUGGACUACAGCUGACGAGCUAUAUUCCUGCAGUGAUGAUCACCAAAUUAUGAAGUGGAACCUUUUAACUAGUGAGACUACUCGAGUAGUGAAACUUCCAGAUGAUAUUUAUCCCAUAGAUCUUCACUGGUUUCCCAGAAGUAUAGGUGGGAAGAAGCAGUCCCAAGCUGAGAGCUUUGUUCUAACAAGUUCUGAUGGGAAGUUCCACUUGAUUUCAAAGUUAGGAAGAGUAGAGAAAAGUGUAGAAGCACACUGUGGAGCUGUACUUGCAGGAAGGUGGAAUUACGAAGGAACAGCCCUCGUUACAGUUGGUGAAGAUGGCCAAGUGAAAAUCUGGUCUAAAAGUGGAAUGCUGAGGUCCACUUUAGCUCAGCAAGGAACACCAGUGUACUCAGUAGCCUGGGGACCUGAUUCUGGAAAAGUUCUCUACACUUCAGGGAAGCAGCUGAUUAUUAAACCUCUUCAGCCAAAUGCUAAAGUUUUGCAGUGGAAAGCCCAUGAUGGACUUAUUUUAAAAACUGACUGGAACUCAGUUAAUGAUCUCAUUCUUUCUGCAGGUGAAGAUUGUAAAUAUAAAGUUUGGGACAGUUACGGCCGUCUACUGUACAGCUCGCAGCCCCAUGAAUAUCCUAUAACAUCUGUUGCCUGGGCUGUGGAUGGAGAAUUAUUUGCUGUGGGGUCUUUUCAUACUUUGCGUCUAUGCGAUAAAACUGGGUGGUCUUAUGCUUUAGAGAAGCCAAACACUGGCAGCAUAUUUAAUAUUGCUUGGUCUAUUGAUGGCACUCAACUAGCCGGAGCAUGUGGAAAUGGACAUGUCAUUUUUGCCCAUGUCGUGGAGCAACGCUGGGAGUGGAAGAACUUUGAAAUAACGUUAACUAAGAGGAGAACCAUGGAGGUGCACAAUGUUAUUAAUGAUGCAGUAGAUUUGUUGGAAUUCCGUGACAGAGUUAUUAAAGCCUCUUUGAACUACGGGCAUUUGGUUGUUUCAACUUCUCUUCAGUGUUAUGUGUUUUCUACAAAGAACUGGAAUACACCACUGAUCUUUGACCUGAAGGAAGGAACAGUUAGUUUGAUUCUACAAGCGGAAAGGCAUUUUCUUCUUGUAGAUGGUGGAGGACUUUAUUUAUAUUCAUAUGAAGGAAGAUUAAUUUCCUCUCCAAAAUUUCCAGGAAUGAGAACAGACAUUUUAAAUGCCCAGACAGUAUCUCUGAGUAAUGAUACUCUAGCAGUAAAAGACAAAGCUGAUGAAAAGGUUAUCUACAUAUUUGAAGCUUUAUCUGGAAAGCCAUUGGGUGAUGGAAAGCCUCUAUCCCAUAAGACGGAAAUUGUGGAGAUUGCUUUGGACCAGAAAGGACUUACAAGUGAAAGAAAAAUAGCUUUUAUUGAUAAGAACAGAGAUCUUUACAUUACUUCAGUUAAACGGUUUGGAAAAGAACAGAAGAUUGUCAAAAUAGGGACAAUGGUUCAAACUUUGGCUUGGAAUGACACGUCUAACAUUCUUUGUGGAAUUCAAGAUACCCGUUUUACAGUGUGGUACUACCCCAACACAGUCUAUGUGGAUAAAGAUCUUUUGCCAAAAACUCUGUAUGAAAAAGAUGCAAGUGAAUUUAGCAAAAAUCCCCAGAUUGUACAUUUUGUAGGAAAUCAAAUAACAAUUAGAAGAGCAGAUGGUUCACUUAUUCACCUUAGUAUUUCACCUUAUCCUGCGAUUCUUCAUGAAUAUGUUAGUAGUUCUAAAUGGGAAGAUGCUGUCAGAUUGUGUCGCUUUGUCAAGGCAACAGCAACAGAUGAGGAUCAAACUAUGUGGGCAUGUUUAGCUGCUAUGGCAGUUGCCAACAAAGACAUGGCUACAGCAGAAAUUGCCUAUGCAUCAAUUGGUGAGAUUGACAAAGUUCAGUAUAUCAAUUUCAUCAAAGAUCUUCCAUCAAAGGAGUCAAGGAUGGCUCAUAUACUGCUAUUCAGUGGAAACACCCAAGAAGCUGAAACCCUGCUUCUUCAAACAGGCCUUAUUUAUCAAGCAAUUCAAGUCAACAUUAAUCUUUACAAUUGGGAUAGGGCCCUAGAACUAGCAGUAAAGCACAAGACACAUGUUGACACAGUCCUGGCUUAUCGACAAAAGUUCCUAGAGGACUUUGGUAAAAAAGAAACAAACAAAAGAUUUUUGCAAUAUGCUGAAGGUCUGGAAGUUGAUUGGAAUAAAAUCAAAGCCAAAAUAGAGAUGGAAAUUGCUAAAGAAAGAGAACGAGCAGCAGCCAGUCCCACAGUGAGAGCUAGUGUAACUGUACAGCAAUAACUGUCCUUUUGGUCACCUUAAUAAGUGCUUCUUGAAUAUUAUAUAGUGGCGUAUUUUGACAAACUUGAAUAAAAGAAAGCCACAGCAAACAUUUUGUGGGGAACAGGAGUGAGAAUUGCUGUAGUUCUUGUUAACUGUUGGAUGACAGGCAGAAUUAUUUAUUUACUGUAGUCUCAUUCUGAGCUGGGGUUAUGUUCUGAUGCCCUAGCUCCAGUGAGUAGCUACAUUGUAGUCCAUAAUACAUGUAUGAGAAAAAAGGGAAAUUAACUGUCUUUCCAUUAGUGGUGCUUAAAUUUUCAUUGCCAUUAAAGUUAUUUAACCUUGGUUGCCUCUAAUUAAGUACUGAUUUCCCUGUUUAGGCACCUAGUUAAGUAGUCUGGUUAUUUCUGCAACCUUAGGGACCUCUGAAAAGACUUAUUUAAAUUGCCCUAAACCAAAUUGACCAGACUCUUAAGUGUUGAAAAUUUAAAAAGGAGCUUGCACCUAUAAAGUACAAAAGAAUAUUUCACUUAGUUACGGUAAUACAUAUUUCUGCCAGUACGUAUGUACUAGCAAGUUCUUUAAUAGAUGAUUUCAGAUUACUUCAGCGACACAGCUUUGUCACUGUAGCAAACUAUUUAGCAAUAAAGGGUAUUUUCUGAGAUAAUGUAAAUUGUUUAAAAUACUAUGGAAUGUGCUUUGAAUGUUGUAUGAAGUAACAAAAGGUGUUGUUGGUUGGUUUUGUAGAAUCUAACACAUAUAAUUGACAAUGAUAUUCAGAGCUUCCUUAAGGUUAAAAUAUCAUAUUAAUUUAAAAUCCAUGUAUUUUUUUCUGCCCGAAGCACUUGACUUGAAAAUACUGUUUUUACAUUUGCGUUACUUCAUCAAGAUAUAUUUUUCUUUGUUUUCCAUGUGAAAGUGGCUGCAUAUGUUAGUUGUUCUUUGCAGAAGCCCUUUGCAUUAUAAAUAUGUAAGCAGGUUAUUCAUAAUUGACAUUGUAUAAUAUGCAUCUUUCAAAUGUUACCAUUAAAAUGUUAAAUAUC